AUGUCCACAGAUGCUAUAUACCAGCGUAAGCUGCUUCAGCGUCAGAUGCAUCCGGCAUCAAAGACCCAGAGGCUCUGGAUCGUACCAGACAACGGCGUCUACACGACCAUUAAUGUUCGAGGCGAGGCUACCCCAGAAGGCUCCAUCGCCUUUAACCCAAACUUCGUCUACGGCACUGCCGACACUCCUGUGGUGCAGCCGGACCCCAACUCUGAUCAGUGGUGGCGGUACGAGGACGUGGGCUACAAGACUCUGUCUGGCCCGUCAAGCGGCGGGGGAAACCCUCACUACGAGAUGAUCAACGUGGGUCCCAUGCAGUCCGACGGCUCUGAGUGGGGAUACGUUCCGGAACAAGCAACUCCUGCCUACAACUACUUCCCGGCUCAGUUCUAUCCUUCCAGUAACGCCUACAACUACCCGGCCGCACCGAGCUCGCCAGCAGUUGCCAAAGAGGGCUACAUCUUCAGCAAUGGGCAGGGACAAGGGGCCGUUCGCCUGGACGGGACUGUAGGAAGCGAUCAUGCGACCAACGAGUUCGGGCCAGGAGUGAACUGGGGUGUCGACUACAACUAUUGA